AUGACCUGUCACAUGACCUGUCCCAUGACCUGUCCCAUGACCUGUCCCAUGACCUGUCCCAUGACCUGUCCCAUGACCUGUCCCAUGACCUGUCACAUGACCUGUCCCAUGACCUGUCACAUGACCUGUCCCAUGACCUGUCACAUGACCUGUCACAUGACCUGUCCCAUGACCUGUCCCAUGACCUGUCCCAUGACCUGUCCCAUGACCUGUCACAUGACCUGUCCCAUGACCUGUCACAUGACCUGUCACAUGACCUUGACCAAGACAAACCUGUCCGUCCAUGAGGACAAGAACCGUGUUCCUUUUGUGAAGGGCUGCACUGAGCGUUUUGUGACGAGUCCAGAGGAAGUGAUGGACGUGAUCGACGAAGGAAAAACCAACCGACAUGUGGCUGUGACCAACAUGAAUGAACACAGCUCCAGGAGCCACAGUAUUUUUCUGAUCAACAUCAAACAGGAAAAUGUGGAAACGGAAACUAAAGUCUCAGGGAAACUCUACCUGGUGGAUCUGGCAGGCAGCGAGAAGGUCAGUAAAACCGGAGCUGAAGGAUCUGUUUUGGACGAAGCCAAAAACAUCAACAAAUCUCUGUCUGCGCUGGGAAACGUGAUCUCUGCUCUGUCCGAGGGAAAGAAAGCCCAUGUUCCGUACAGAGACAGUAAAAUGACACGGAUCCUCCAGGAUUCUCUCGGAGGAAACUGUCGAACCACGAUCAUUACCCCAACGCCCCAGACCCCAACGCCCCAGACCCCAACGACCCAGACCCCAACGACCCAGACCCCAACGACCCAGACCCCAACGCCCCAGACCCCAACGACCCAGACCCCAACGACCCAGACCCCAACGACCCAGACCCCAACGACCCAGACGCCAACGACCCAGACGCCAACGACCCAGACGCCAACGACCCAGACCCCAACGACCCAGACGCCAACGACCCAGACCCCAACGACCCAGACGCCAACGACCCAGACGCCAACGACCCAGACGCCAACGACCCAGACCCCAACGACCCAGACCCCAACGACCCAGACCGGAACGACCCAGACCCCAACGACCCAGACCGGAACGACCCAGACGCCAACGACCCAGACGCCAACGACCCAGACGCCAACGACCCAGACGCCAACGACCCAGACCCCAACGACCCAGACGCCAACGACCCAGACCCCAACGACCCAGACGCCAACGACCCAGACGCCAACGACCCAGACGCCAACGACCCAGACGCCAACGACCCAGACCCCAACGACCCAGACGCCAACGACCCAGACCCCAACGACCCAGACCCCAGACCCAACGACCCAGACGCCAACGACCCAGACCCCAACGCCCCAGACCCCAACGACCCAGACCCCAACGACCCAGACCCCAACGACCCAGACGCCAACGACCCAGACCCCAACGCCCCAGACCCCCAACGACCCAGACCCCAACGACCCAGACCCCAACGACCCAGACGCCAACGACCCAGACCCCAACGACCCAGACCCCAACGACCCAGACGCCAACGACCCAGACCCCAACGCCCCAGACCCCAACGACCCAGACCCCAACGACCCAGACCGGAACGACCCAGACCCCAACGCCCCAGACCCCAACGCCCCAGACGCCAACGACCCAGACCCCAACGCCCCAGACGCCAACGACCCAGACGCCAACGACCCAGACCCCAACGACCCAGACCCCAACGACCCAGACCCCAACGACCCAGACCCCAACGACCCAGACCCCAACGACCCAGACGCCAACGACCCCAGACCCCCAACGCCCCAGACCCCAACGACCCAGACCCCAACGACCCAGACCCCAACGACCCAGACGCCAACGACCCAGACCCCAACGACCCAGACCCCAACGACCCAGACGCCAACGACCCAGACCCCAACGCCCCAGACCCCAACGACCCAGACCGACCCAGACCGCGCAACAACCCAGACCCCCAACAAUCCAAACCCCCAACGACCCAGACGCCAACGACCCAGACCCCAACGCCCCAGACCCCAACGACCCAGACCCCAACGACCCAGACCCCAACGACCCAGACGCCAACGACCCAGACCCCAACGCCCCAGACCCCAACGACCCAGACCCCAACGACCCAGACCCCAACGACCCAGACCCCAACGACCCAGACGCCAACGACCCAGACGCCAACGACCCAGACCCCAACGCCCCAGACCCCAACGACCCAGACCGACCCAGACCCCAACGACCCAGACGCCAACGACCCAGACCCCAACGCCCCAGACGCCAACGCCCCAGACCCCAACGCCCCAGACGCCAACGACCCAGACCCCAACGACCCAGACCCCAACGACCCAGACCCCAACGACCCAGACGCCAACGACCCAGACCCCAACGACCCAGACCGGAACGACCCAGACCCCAACGACCCAGACGCCAACGACCCAGACGCCAACGACCCAGACGCCAACGACCCAGACCCCAACGACCCAGACGCCAACGACCCAGACGCCAACAAUCCAAACCCCCAACGACCCAGACGCCAACGACCCAGACCCCAACGCCCCAGACCCCAACGACCCAGACCCCAACGACCCAGACCCCAACGCCCCAGACCCCAACGACCCAGACCCCAACGACCCAGACGCCAACGACCCAGACCCCAACGCCCCAGACCCCAACGACCCAGACCCCAACGCCCCAGACGCCAACGACCCAGACCCCAACGCCCCAGACCCCAACGACCCAGACCCCAACGACCCAGACCCCAACGACCCAGACCCCAACGACCCAGACCCCAACGACCCAGACCCCAACGCCCCAGACCCCAACGACCCAGACGCCAACGACCCAGACCCCAACGACCCAGACCCCAACGACCCAGACCCCAACGACCCAGACCCCAACGCCCCCAGACGCCAACGCCCCAGACCCCAACGCCCCAGACCCCAACGACCCAGACCCCAACGACCCAGACCCCAACGACCCAGACCCCAACGACCCAGACCCCAACGACCCAGACCCCAACGCCCCAGACGCCAACGACCCAGACCCCAACGACCCAGACGCCAACGACCCAGACGCCAACGACCCAGACCCCAACGACCCAGACCCCAACGACCCAGACCCCAACGACCCAGACCCCAACGACCCAGACGCCAACGACCCAGACGCCAACGACCCAGACGCCAACGACCCAGACCCCAACGACCCAGACCGGAACGACCCAGACCCCAACGACCCAGACGCCAACGACCCAGACGCCAACGACCCAGACCCCAACGACCCAGACCGGAACGACCCAGACCCCAACGACCCAGACGCCAACGACCCAGACCCCAACGACCCAGACGCCAACGACCCAGACCCCAACAACCCAGACGCCAACGACCCAGACGCCAACGACCCAGACCCCAACGACCCAGACGCCAACGACCCAGACCCCAACGACCCAGACGCCAACGACCCAGACCCCAACGACCCGACCCCAACGACCCAGACCCCAACGACCCAGACGCCAACGACCCAGACCCCAACGACCCAGACCGGAACGACCCAGACGCCAACGACCCAGACGCCAACGACCCAGACGCCAACGACCCAGACCCCAACGACCCAGACGCCAACGACCCAGACGCCAACGACCCAGACCCCAACGACCCAGACCGGAACGACCCAGACGCCAACGACCCAGACCCCAACGACCCAGACCCCAACGACCCAGACCCCAACGACCCAGACGCCAACGACCCAGACGCCAACGACCCAGACCCCAACGACCCAGACCCAACCCGACCCAACGACCCAGACCCCAACGACCCAGACCCCAACGCCCCAGACGCCAACGACCCAGACGCCAACGACCCAGACCCCAACGACCCAGACGCCAACGACCCAGACCCCAACGACCCAGACCCCAACGACCCAGACCCCAACGACCCAGACCCCAACGACCCAGACCCCAACGCCCCAGACGCCAACGACCCAGACCCCAACGCCCCAGACCCCAACGACCCAGACGCCAACGACCCAGACCCCAACGACCCAGACGCCAACGACCCAGACCCCAACGACCCAGACGCCAACGACCCAGACGCCAACGACCCAGACCCCAACGACCCAGACCGGAACGACCCAGACCCCAACGACCCAGACGCCAACGACCCAGACGCCAACGACCCAGACGCCAACGACCCAGACCCCAACGACCCAGACGCCAACGCCCCAGACCCCAACGACCCAGACCCCAACGACCCAGACGCCAACGACCCAGACCCCAACGACCCAGACCCCAACGCCCCAGACCCCAACGACCCAGACCCCAACGCCCCAGACGCCAACGACCCAGACCCCAACGACCCAGACGCCAACGACCCAGACCCCAACAACCCAGACCGGAACGACCCAGACGCCAACGACCCAGACCCCAACGACCCAGACGCCAACGACCCAGACCCCAACAACCCAGACGCCAACGACCCAGACGCCAACGACCCAGACCCCAACGACCCAGACGCCAACGACCCAGACCCCAACGACCCAGACGCCAACGACCCAGACCCCAACGACCCAGACCCCAACGACCCAGACCCCAACGACCCAGACGCCAACGACCCAGACCCCAACGACCCAGACCCCAACGACCCAGACGCCAACGACCCAGACCCCAACGACCCAGACGCCAACGACCCAGACGCCAACGACCCAGACCCCAACGACCCAGACCGGAACGACCCAGACGCCAACGACCCAGACCCCAACGACCCAGACCCCAACGACCCAGACCCCAACGACCCAGACCCCAACGACCCAGACCCCAACGACCCAGACGCCAACGACCCAGACCCCAACGACCCAGACCCCAACGACCCAGACCCCAACGACCCAGACCCCCAACGCCCCAGACGCCAACGCCCCAGACCCCAACGCCCCAGACGCCAACGACCCAGACCCCAAGACCCAGACCCCAACGACCCAGACCCCAACGACCCAGACCGGAACGACCCAGACGCCAACGCCCCAGACCCCAACGCCCCAGACGCCAACGACCCAGACGCCAACGACCCAGACCCCAACGCCCCAGACGCCAACGACCCAGACCCCAACGACCCAGACCCCAACGACCCAGACCCCAACGCCCCAGACCCCAACGACCCAGACCCCAACGACCCAGACGCCAACGACCCAGACCCCAACGACCCAGACCCCAACGACCCAGACCCCAACGACCCAGACGCCAACGACCCAGACCCCAACGACCCAGACCCCAACGACCCAGACCCCAACGACCCCGACGCCAACGACCCAGACCCCAACGCCCCAGACCCCAACGCCCCAGACGCCAACGACCCAGACGCCAACGACCCAGACCCCAACGACCCAGACGCCAACGACCCAGACGCCAACGACCCAGACGCCAACGACCCAGACCCCAACGACCCAGACGCCAACGACCCAGACCCCAACGACCCAGACGCCAACGACCCAGACCCCAACGACCCAGACCCCAACGACCCAGACGCCAACGACCCAGACGCCAACGACCCAGACCCCAACGACCCAGACCCCAACGACCCAGACCCCAACGACCCAGACCCCAACGACCCAGACCCCAACGCCCCAGACGCCAACGACCCAGACGCCAACGACCCAGACCCCAACGACCCAGACGCCAACGACCCAGACCCCAACGACCCAGACGCCAACGACCCAGACGCCAACGACCCAGACCCCAACGACCCAGACCGGAACGACCCAGACCCCAACGCCCCAGACGCCAACGACCCAGACGCCAACGACCCAGACCCCAACGACCCAGACGCCAACGACCCAGACGCCAACGCCCCAGACCCCAACGACCCAGACCCCAACGACCCAGACGCCAACGACCCAGACCCCAACGACCCAGACCCCAACGCCCCAGACCCCAACGACCCAGACCCCAACGCCCCAGACGCCAACGACCCAGACGCCAACGACCCAGACCCCAACGCCCCAGACCCCAACGCCCCAGACCCCAACGCCCCAGACGCCAACGACCCAGACGCCAACGACCCAGACCCCAACGACCCAGACGCCAACGACCCAGACGCCAACGACCCAGACCCCAACGACCCAGACGCCAACGACCCAGACCCCAACGACCCAGACCCCAACGACCCAGACGCCAACGACCCAGACCCCAACGCCCCAGACCCCAACGACCCAGACCCCAACGCCCCAGACGCCAACGACCCAGACCCCAACGACCCAGACCCCAACGCCCCAGACCCCAACGACCCAGACGCCAACGACCCAGACGCCAACGACCCAGACCCCAACGACCCAGACGCCAACGACCCAGACCCCAACGACCCAGACCCCAACGACCCAGACCCCAACGCCCCAGACCCCAACGACCCAGACCCCAACGCCCCAGACGCCAACGACCCAGACCCCAACGACCCAGACCCCAACGCCCCAGACCCCAACGACCCAGACGCCAACGACCCAGACGCCAACGACCCAGACCCCAACGACCCAGACGCCAACGACCCAGACCCCAACGACCCAGACCCCAACGACCCAGACCGGAACGACCCAGACCCCAACGACCCAGACCCCAACGCCCCAGACGCCAACGACCCAGACCCCAACGACCCAGACCCCAACGCCCCCAGACCCCAACGACCCAGACGCCAACGACCCAGACGCCAACGACCCAGACCCCAACGACCCAGACGCCAACGACCCAGACGCCAACGACCCAGACCCCAACGACCCAGACCGGAACGACCCAGACGCCAACGACCCAGACCCCAACGACCCAGACGCCAACGACCCAGACCCCAACGACCCAGACGCCAACGACCCAGACCCCAACGACCCAGACCGGAACGACCCAGACGCCAACGACCCAGACGCCAACGACCCAGACCCCAACGACCCAGACGCCAACGACCCAGACGCCAACGACCCAGACGCCAACGACCCAGACGCCAACGACCCAGACCCCAACGACCCAGACGCCAACGACCCAGACCCCAACGACCCAGACGCCAACGACCCAGACCCCAACAACCCAGACGCCAACGACCCAGACGCCAACGACCCAGACCCCAACGACCCAGACGCCAACGACCCAGACCCCAACGACCCAGACGCCAACGACCCAGACCCCAACGACCCAGACCCCAACGACCCAGACCCCAACGACCCAGACGCCAACGACCCAGACCCCAACGACCCAGACCCCAACGACCCAGACGCCAACGACCCAGACCCCAACGACCCAGACGCCAACGACCCAGACGCCAACGACCCAGACCCCAACGACCCAGACCGGAACGACCCAGACGCCAACGACCCAGACCCCAACGACCCAGACCCCAACGACCCAGACCCCAACGACCCAGACCCCAACGACCCAGACCCCAACGACCCAGACGCCAACGACCCAGACCCCAACGACCCAGACCCCAACGACCCAGACCCCAACGACCCAGACCCCAACGCCCCAGACGCCAACGCCCCAGACCCCAACGCCCCAGACGCCAACGACCCAGACCCCAAGACCCAGACCCCAACGACCCAGACCCCAACGACCCAGACCGGAACGACCCAGACGCCAACGCCCCAGACCCCAACGCCCCAGACGCCAACGACCCAGACGCCAACGACCCAGACCCCAACGCCCCAGACGCCAACGACCCAGACCCCAACGACCCAGACCCCAACGACCCAGACCCCAACGCCCCAGACCCCAACGACCCAGACCCCAACGACCCAGACGCCAACGACCCAGACCCCAACGACCCAGACCCCAACGACCCAGACCCCAACGACCCAGACGCCAACGACCCAGACCCCAACGACCCAGACCCCAACGACCCAGACCCCAACGACCCCGACGCCAACGACCCAGACCCCAACGCCCCAGACCCCAACGCCCCAGACGCCAACGACCCAGACGCCAACGACCCAGACCCCAACGACCCAGACGCCAACGACCCAGACGCCAACGACCCAGACGCCAACGACCCAGACCCCAACGACCCAGACGCCAACGACCCAGACCCCAACGACCCAGACGCCAACGACCCAGACCCCAACGACCCAGACCCCAACGACCCAGACGCCAACGACCCAGACGCCAACGACCCAGACCCCAACGACCCAGACCCCAACGACCCAGACCCCAACGACCCAGACCCCAACGACCCAGACCCCAACGCCCCAGACGCCAACGACCCAGACGCCAACGACCCAGACCCCAACGACCCAGACGCCAACGACCCAGACCCCAACGACCCAGACGCCAACGACCCAGACGCCAACGACCCAGACCCCAACGACCCAGACCGGAACGACCCAGACCCCAACGCCCCAGACGCCAACGACCCAGACGCCAACGACCCAGACCCCAACGACCCAGACGCCAACGACCCAGACGCCAACGCCCCAGACCCCAACGACCCAGACCCCAACGACCCAGACGCCAACGACCCAGACCCCAACGACCCAGACCCCAACGCCCCAGACCCCAACGACCCAGACCCCAACGCCCCAGACGCCAACGACCCAGACGCCAACGACCCAGACCCCAACGCCCCAGACCCCAACGCCCCAGACCCCAACGCCCCAGACGCCAACGACCCAGACGCCAACGACCCAGACCCCAACGACCCAGACGCCAACGACCCAGACGCCAACGACCCAGACCCCAACGACCCAGACGCCAACGACCCAGACCCCAACGACCCAGACCCCAACGACCCAGACGCCAACGACCCAGACCCCAACGCCCCAGACCCCAACGACCCAGACCCCAACGCCCCAGACGCCAACGACCCAGACCCCAACGACCCAGACCCCAACGCCCCAGACCCCAACGACCCAGACGCCAACGACCCAGACGCCAACGACCCAGACCCCAACGACCCAGACCCCAACGACCCAGACGCCAACGACCCAGACCCCAACGACCCAGACCCCAACGACCCAGACCCCAACGCCCCAGACCCCAACGACCCAGACCCCAACGACCCAGACGCCAACGACCCAGACGCCAACGACCCAGACCCCAACGACCCAGACCCCAACGACCCAGACCGGAACGACCCAGACCCCAACGACCCAGACCCCAACGCCCCAGACGCCAACGACCCAGACCCCAACGACCCAGACCCCAACGCCCCAGACCCCAACGACCCAGACGCCAACGACCCAGACGCCAACGACCCAGACCCCAACGACCCAGACGCCAACGACCCAGACGCCAACGACCCAGACCCCAACGACCCAGACCGGAACGACCCAGACGCCAACGACCCAGACCCCAACGACCCAGACGCCAACGACCCAGACCCCAACGACCCAGACGCCAACGACCCAGACCCCAACGACCCAGACCGGAACGACCCAGACGCCAACGACCCAGACGCCAACGACCCAGACCCCAACGACCCAGACGCCAACGACCCAGACGCCAACGACCCAGACGCCAACGACCCAGACGCCAACGACCCAGACCCCAACGACCCAGACCCCAACGACCCAGACGCCAACGACCCAGACGCCAACGACCCAGACGCCAACGACCCAGACCCCAACGCCCCAGACGCCAACGACCCAGACGCCAACGACCCAGACCCCAACGACCCAGACCCCAACGACCCAGACGCCAACGACCCAGACGCCAACGACCCAGACCCCAACGACCCAGACCCCAACGACCCAGACCCCAACGCCCCAGACCCCAACGACCCAGGGGUCCUCAGGGUGCAGCCUCAGUUGGGUCCUCAGGGUGCAGCUUCAGUCGGGUCCUCAGGAGCCAAGACGAUCAAGAACACGGUGAGUGUGAACGUGGAGCUGACGGCCGACGAGUGGAAACAGAAGUAUGAGAAAGAAAAAGAGAAAAACAGAAGUUUGACAGUUUCCAACCACCGCCUGGAGGGGGAGCUGCUGCGCUGGAGGAAAGGCGAGGCCGUCCCAUUGGAGCAGCAGACGCACAGGGAUAAGAAGCUGGCAUCUGAUAGGACCACAACUGUGGCUGAGGCUCCGCCCCCUGCACCAGUGACCAAUGAGGAGCGAGCUCAGUACGAGAGCCUCAUCACAGACCUGUACAAGCAGCUGGACGAUAAGGACGAAGACAUCAACGUUCAGAGUCAGAGUCAAGAGGAACUGAAGCAGCAGCUGCUGGAGCAAGAGCAGCUGAUCCGCUCUCUGCGUGCUGACCUGGAUCGCCUGCAGGGGGAGCUGUGUCGCUCUCAGGCUCAGUGCGACGCCGCUAAAGACGAAGUGAAGGAGGUUCUGCAGGCGCUGGAGGAACUGGCUCUGAACUACGACCAGAAGUCUACAGAGAACCAGAACCGGACCAGAGAAGUCCAGCAAGUCAACCAGGAGCUGCAGCAGCAGACUGUCCUGGUGGAGUCGCUGCAGAAGGACCUGUUCUCGAUGCAGGAGCUCAGUUCUCAUCAGAAGAAAAGAUUUAACGAAGUCCUGAACCUUUUACUGAGAGACUUAGGAGAUCUGGGAGCAGCAUUGACCAGUUCAGGGUCUGGACUUGGACCAGUUCUUGGACCAGGUCUGGGAUCAGGUCUGGAGGAGGACUUCACCGCUGCUCGUCUUUUCAUCAGUAAAAUGAGAUCUGAAGCCAAAUCCCUCCUGAACCGGACUAAGACUCUGGAGCAGAACCUUCAGGACCAAACCAUUCAGACCCAGAGCAUGGAGCGAGAGCUGGGACUGAGUCAGGCUCAAGUCCAACAGCUCCAGUCCAGGACUCGGACUCAGUUUGAGGACCUUCAGAGACUGGAGCAGAGGAACCGGGUCCUCGAGGAGAGUCAGGACUCACUGAACGAGGAGCUGCACCGGGUCCAGGCACAAGGUCGACUGGUGGAGAUGUCAGCGAUGGAUAAAGAGAAGGUUCUAAAGGACACAGUGGACAUGAAGCGCACCCUGGAGGAGCAGAUGGAGAAUCACAGAGAGGUUCAUCAGAGACAAGUGUCAAGACUCCGAGACCAGAUCCAAGUCCAGAACCGAGACCUGGACCUGCUCCGGGACGUGUCGCAGCAGCAGCAGGUGGAGAUCCACCGACUCAGCUCCGAACUGGACCAGGUCCGAGUUCAAGACCGAGUCAAGGACCAAAGACUGAGAGAGCUUCAGCUGGAGAGGGAGAAAAAGGACCAGGCCAAAGAGGAUCUAAAAGGACUGGAGGAAACUGUGGUGACAGAACUUCAGACUUUGAUGAAUCUGCGUAAACAGUUUGUGAAUGACUUCAACUCGAGGAUCCGCAGCGUCCAGGACAAUGAUGCAGAUGAAGCUGGAGGAAGUUCAGCCCAAAAACAAAGAAUAAUUUUUCUGGAAAACAACUUGGACCAACUCGGCAAAGUCCACAAGCAGUUGGUGAGGGAUAAUGCCGACCUCCGUUGUGAGCUGCCAAAGAUGGAGAAGCGGCUCCGCGCGGCGUCUGAGCGCGUGCAGAUGUUGCAGAAGGGUCUCAAUCAAGCCAAGAUGGCCGCCAUCCGCGACAAGAAGAACUACAGACAGGAAGUGGACCGCUGCAAACAGGAAGUGGAACGUAUUAAAGACGCAAUGAGACAGAGGACGCACUAUGCCCAAAUCGCUAAGCCAAUCAGAGCCGGCCGUCAACACAUGUCUGUCAGAGGGGGUGUGGCCAGUGUUUCGGGGAGCGGAGCCAGUGCUCGUCUGAGAAAAAAUCAGCCAUAA